GCUGCACUUCCACUUUCCGCCUUCGUCUCAGUCGUCAACAGGACAUCGAGCAGUGCAAGUCGACUGGUCGCACGUGGAUGUAGCGGAUGUUGUUGGUGUAGCCCCGUUUUGCCGUUGGCGUUGCAUUGACAGUGAGUGAAGUAGAGUGCAGUUUUGGAUUUUGUAAAGUUUCGAUUUGUUGUCGUUGUCGUUGUCGUUGCCGUUGCUGUUGUCGCUGCUUCUGGCUGUAUCCCCGUGUCCUUGUCCUUGCGUCGCGUGUGUUAUCCAUAGCCUUGCUCACGGUCAGGUGCCACAACCCCACACCGCACCCCUUCACCAGCUCAUCCGCAAGCUAUUCACGAGUGCACUCAGGUCGCAGUCCUUACCCAGCCUCCGCCAAUUGAAUGCAAAAGUUCAGGCUAUUCCGAGCGCUAAAAGCCACCCUUCGCCCCACGAAGAUAUUUGGAAUCCAUGCAUUAGAAUUAACGUAAACUGCCUGGAAUCGACACACACAAGAGCCGGAAGGAGGCUGCGGCUGAGGCUGCCAUGCCACACCACUGCCACAUGUCAUAAGUCAACUACAGGGCUGCUGCUCCUCUUGUCCACUCGCAGCUCUGGGACAGAGCGGAUGCCGCUGCAAUAUGCAUUUAUCCGCUCAGUAAGGGAGUGAGUGCGAGGGAGAGAUGAGCGAACGCGGCAGCGGAGGCACCGUCACCGGUGGCCGUCAUGCCCGGGUCAGUCCCACGCCCGGACGUGGCAGCAAGAUUGCGUACACGCCAUGUCCGCGCUCCGAGCCGCCACAGGAUCUGGCACUGGCAGUGCCGGCCCCAGCGCGCAAUUGCCUGGCCAUACCCAUGUCUUCGCUGCAGACGGCCAACGGACCCAGCAACAAAGAAUUUCCGCGAGGGGGCAAGCAAGUCUGCCGGCGGCGGCGGGAAGCUACAAUCGAAGGCAAACCGGACGAAGCGGUCGCGGGACAUGGGCCUCGUGCAGCAGCCGGAGGAGAUACACUAUCGAACACACCUGUUCUUCUCACCCAAUCGUCCUGGCUAUGACGUCGGCGAAGAACGAUGCAGCGCACUCUCAGGCAUACCGAGUACCCCAAUCUUGAGCACAGCCACGUCCUUCGCCCUGCCCGGCAACUUGCAACCCUAUGAGUUGGACGCCCCCCAGCCGCUGGUCGAUCGCCGGCCGUCCUUUUCCCUGAUGCGGUGGAAUAGCAGUAGCAGCGGACCGGGUACUGUCAGCAGCAGUGCGAAUAACAGUUUGCUACGCCUGCAGCAGCAUCAGCAGCAGCAGCAGCAGCAGCAGCAGAUGCACUUGGCAACAGCAACAACAACCUUGGGAUACGGUCAUGGUGAUGCAACAGUGGCCACGGCAACAACCACGUUGCUGACGGCCGCGGCUGCAGCCACGCGGCAAGUGAACUUUGGUGGUGGUGGCCACUCUGGAGUCACGCGAGCCGAGCCGAUCUCCCUGGCUACCUUGGAUCGGGACUGCUUCAUCAUUCCUGUGCAUAGUGUGGACCGCUUCCUGCCGGCCGGUAUACCCCUACCCGCUCUGAGUGCCGAUGGCAAGACAGCCAGUCCGCUGAGCGUCCUGGAGGUCUCCGAUCCGAAACUAUGCAUUCUGGUGCAUUUGAUGAGCCCCUUGGAGGCUAUCGAUCCCGUGAUGGAGUCACCCUUGGCGCACCCGCUGCUCAAGCAGCGCUCAAUCGCCUCCGAGCUGGUGUCGGAGGUGCAGCAGGCCAACACAGCCGUGGGCGGCAUGCUCCUGGCCAACAUGGAGAAGAGCUCCGAGUUCCCAUUCAUCUCGUACUAUCUCAUCAAUACGCUGCAAACGGAUCCUUCCAACUUCUAUGCCAGCCUGCGCGUCUCAUCGCUGUCCAAGUUCGAGCCCAAGGCCCUCAAAUACACUGCCGCCCACACUCUGGAUCUUUAUAGCGAGGUGGCAUCCAUUUACCGGCCGCCGUUGGUGCUGCCCUCGAACGAGGCCGGGAGCUUUAAGAAGUCGCAGACCGCGGCCACCGGCUACAUUAUUACCGUGUUCAAGGUGUUCGAGGGCGACGAUGGCGAAAGGUUUGAAAAGAAUUGGCUCUACUGGACAGGGGCCCGGAUGCUGUACAGAUACUUGCCACGGGCGGCGGGUCUGCGGCGCAUCGCUCUGCACAAGAGCACCUCACAGAAGGGGGACAAGAUGUACCUCCUGGUUUGCGAGUGUGCCGACCUGCUCAAGGACAUCUCGCUGGCCGCCUUCCUCAUACCGGCCAUGCGGGCCAGGCUCUGCGGCUACACGGGACUCUAUCGACCAAUACAGGCCUUCUAGAUGGAAUCGCCAUCGUCAUAUAUUUUUCUAUCAGCUAUAAAUAGUUUAGUCCGACUAAAACUCAAAUGAAACAAACACUGCAAUACGGCUGAGAUGGACUCUGCACCUGUUACGUGAUUCGAUUCUGAUUCGAUAUUUACUAGUUCUAAACAAAUUUUAAAACUCUCUCAACUCAGAUACGGAUCAGCAUCUGCCAAUUAACACUCGAUAGGCGUACAUCGUAUAUAAGUAGGAGACAAUAUACUCAAGGUAACUCAUAUCGUAUGUUAGAUUUUUCUAUAAAACAUCUCGGGAGACAGACCCAAUAAAUAGGACCAUAUCUAGUGUGAGUUGCUAGCGAAGAACUUCCAUUUUAGCCACAACAAAUAGCGAAUCAAUCAGAGCUAUCUAUAUGUAUUCGAACCUAGAUAUAUCAAGAGUUUAACAUAACUUCUUACAUAUGUAUGUAGAAUAGACAGAUGUAUAAACGCUGAAUUUUUCGCGCUGAAAAGUAGCCUAACAAAACCGCAAACCAAGAGUCAAUUCUUAGCAUAAAAUCUAGAAAAUGUUGAUCAGAAUAACCGCAAUGUGGUCGAGGGAAAACUUUGCCCAAAUCUAACAAUCUGCCAAAAAUUAGCAAAAAAAAAAACAAAACAUAAAAAAUCCGUUUGGGGUUAAAAAAAUUAUAUAAAAUUUCACUUUUAUAUACUCGUAUGUAGCUAUGUAUGUAUGUAGAAGAAUAAGGAUGCGAUGCAGACCAAACCAAAGUUUUUCAAUAAUAAUUAAUUAACAAAUUUUUGCUUGGCUAAAGCUUGCCACUAAGCUUACUAUUAAGAGACAUACUAAAUAACCUAAUGAUAUUUAAAAAUAUACAUAGGAAAAGCGAGAGAGAGAAAUAGAGAGAGUAUAUACAUAUGUAUGUGUUGGUGAACUUGUUAGGCACUUACUCCACACACACUCCCACACAGACUAGGACUCUGUUGGAGGGACAUAUAAUUUUGCACAAUAAAAACAAUAUCAAAAAGUGCUGUGAUAAUUAAACUAAAGCAGAAAGGAGCCACACAAAAUGAAGAAUCGUGCUGAAGCCGAAGCCAAUAAUGUAUCUCUCAUUGAAUGGUGAUAUAAGGCAUGAUAUUUUGCUAUAAUUUGGGGUUCGUGGGAUUCAACCAGUCAAAGACAAUUUUCCAUCUAAGUAGCUGCCAUUGAAGUGCUUCAGAGGUCUCUGGCUUAUAUUUUCCAAAAAUUAACUUGGUUUUUGUUUUCUAGUUAGUUACGAGUACUUGCAGUCCUAAAACCCACACUUUUAACGCUUAAGCUAAGCCUAAGCCAUAUAGAAUAUUAAUUACAUACUGUUCGACAUUAGUUCUUAACAAACAACAACUUUUUUGCCACAACUAAAGCUUGCAGCAACCAAAAGUUAUGCGCGUUUUGGCAUUAAUAAUAAAGCGUAAAACUAAA